AUGGAGGCUUAUAUGGAGGAUCACCUGCGUAAUAAGGACCGUCUCCAGAGGGAGUGGGAGGCUUUGUGCUCAUACCAGGCCGACCCCUGUUCAGUGGCUGUGGCUCAAGCUCCGAGCAACAUGGACAAAAACAGACACGCUGAAUCCGUCCCCUAUGAUCACACUCGGGUGAAGUUGAAGACGGAAGUAAACUCCAAUAAACAAGACUUCAUCAACGCCAGCCUCAUUUUUGACCAUGACCCUCGCCAGCCAUCUUACAUCGCCACACAGGGACCAAUGGCUCACACUGUCGCUGAUUUCUGGCAGAUGGUGUGGGAGAACGGCUGCACAGUGAUAGUGAUGAUGACGGCUCUGGUUGAAGACGGAGAGAAACAGUGCGAGCGGUACUGGCCUGAUGAGGGCUCAUCACUCUACCACAUCUACGAGGUGAACUUGGUGUCUGAGCACAUCUGGUGUAAGGACUUCCUGGUGCGUAGCUUCUACCUGAAGAACGUCCAGACGCAGGAGACCAGAACCUUGACACAGUUUCACCUGCUGAGCUGGCCCGCUGACGGCAUCCCCAUCUCCACAAGACCACUGUUAGACUUCCGUCGGAAGGUGAAUAAAUGCUACAGAGGUCGUUCCUGCCCAAUCAUCGUUCACUGCGGCGAUGGCACUAGCCGCACUGGCGCGUACAUCCUCAUUGACAUGGUGCUGAACCGCAUGGCCAAGGGAGUGAAGGAGAUUGACAUCGCAGCCGCACUGGAGCACAUCAGAGACCAGAGACCUGGAUUAGUCCGCACCAAGGACCAGUUUGAGUUUGCGCUGACAGCAGUAGCAGAGGAGGUGAAUGCCAUCUUGAAAGCCCUGCCACAGUGAGGACAUCCAUGGACACAAAAAUAAAUACUCAUAAGGACACACUCGUACGACCCAGCCAUGUUUGUCUGGCCAUCACUGUAUAUUAGAAUUUGCUCCACCACACCUGGAGCUCUUACAGCUCAUGUCUUCAGCAUGCAGUAUUUGACCAUCAACUCAUUUGCUGGGUUUUUAAAACUUUCUGGAACUUCAUAAAUUAUUUCUUGCAAGAUGUAAAAUAUGGCCAAGAGAUUAAAUGUUAAUCAUGAUCUUUGCUCUCUGGAGAUUCUACAUAAUAAGACACCAAUUAA